AUGCCAACUUUAUUACAAGCUUUGUUUUCCGAAUUAAAGCAGAUAAGGACUUAUUUAAUAAAGAUAGGCCCUACAAGAAGGAAAGGUAAUAUUUUAGUAAACAAAUUAGAGGCUGCCAAUAGUCUAUAUGAGCAAUAUAAUAAUUGGGUUGAAGAAUAUAAAGGUGAUGAGUCAGAGAUUUUAGAAUAUUGUAAUCAAUUUGAACUUUUGUAUCAGUCAAUUGUAGAAUUGUGUCAAAGUGAUAAGGCAUCAGAGGUAAACAUGCCGACUUUUGAUUUGAAAACGGCUUUGCAUUUAAUGCCCUGUAUGAAUGAUACAGAGGCUAAUACGAAACAAUUAAUUGAUAACAUAGAGUAUUACGAUUCCCUUUUAGACACUGAACAAUAUUUUGGUAUGCAGUUGUCUAAUCUUUUUGUUGACCUAACGAUAUCCCAAGCCGAAGGAAAUUCGAAUAAAUAUGAAAUUUUAAAGCCAUUAAAUGAAAAAAUUGCGAUAAAAAGAUUUGCCGACGGCUUGCGAAAUCGUAGGUUGAGCACAAUAAUCGCAGCCAGGAACUUCAACUCGCUGAAAGACGCAAUCCAAGCAGCACAAGACGAAGAAGUUUCAUCCUCAUCUGGCUCAGGUGAAAUAAUGGUUCUGGGGAGGAAACAAAAAUUAGAUCUAGAAGAGAAGGAACGCAACCAGGAAAGUGGUGCGUGGUGA